UCUUUGAACUUUAGUAUAACAUUUGAAGCUGGAGGUGUAUUCGGGCCAACCACCAGAUCUACCAAUUUAAGAUGUCAUCAUGUUCGGGUCCCUCCUCGGCAAAAUUAGCUACAUACUCCGUAAAGGGAAUAAAACCUUGCGUGUCCGCGCCGUCAUGCAGCGCCCACAAGCACCGCCCUCGGCCCGCGCCCUGUCCGAGGCCCGACGAGUGCUACAAAGCAUGCAUCAGGAAGAAGCAGAAAUGCCCCAGCGCCAUGGAAGUUGUGACUCGCCCGGGGAAUCGGUGCCGCUGCGAACUGGCGCAGGCCCGAAGCAGCAGAUAUACGAGGAAGAGGGCGGGCAAGUCGAAAUGCGAAGUGCAGAGACAUAGAACGCGGAUCAAAAAUGCUUAUAAAAGGAGGUCGAUGAUAUCUAGAUGGCGCCCACAAGAUAAAACCUCAAAAUGCUGCACGCGUGUGUGCCCUGGGUGUUGUCAAGGUUGUACCAUUUUGUGAUCAUAUUUAAUAAAU